AUGUUCACAGCAAAUCUUAUAUACUUCGCUUUAACUUUCACGUUGGCAUAUGGUUUAGUUAUUCCAAAUCUUCAGGACUUUUUCAGUUUUGAAAAAGCUACUGUUGAUGCUAAGUUAGGACAACAGUACCAACAAAUUGACAGUUCUAUGGCUCCAAUACUCUAUUCUGACCCAGAUUCUGGUAAGAAUGUUAUUCCAAAUAACUAUAUUAUAGUGUACAAGGAAGGAUUGACUGCUGAAGAGAGAAUGAUUCAUCAACUGUGGAUACAGAAGAAAUAUGAGUUCAUGGUUUCUCUGGAUGAUUCGAAUUCCAAAUUAGAUUUCUUCAAUUUUGGCAAUGAUAAUGAGAAUAGGGAUAUAUUUUCAGGUUACUUUGGAUACUUUCCUGAAUCGCUCUUACAAUUGAUUCAAUUAGACCCAGCUAUACAAUAUAUUGAACCCGAUUCGGAAGUCUAUCUCAAUGAAUUUAAAGUUCAACAGAAUGCUAUGUGGGGAUUGGCUGCAGGUAGCCAUAGAGAACCCCAUCCAAAACAGGAAUACCUUUAUGACGAUCAAGGUGGUAAAGGUGUAGUUGCGUAUGUUGUAGAUACUGGAAUCAUGAUUGAACAUGAAGAUUUUGAAGGGCGGGCUAGAUGGGGAAAAGCAUUGGUUGAACCUCAUCAAGAGAAAGACGUACAUGGUCAUGGGACGCAUUGUGCUGGUGUUAUUGGUUCGAAGACCUUUGGAAUUGCAAAGAAAGUUGAGUUAGUAGCAGUGGGUGUGGUACCCCCUGUCCCCUUUAUUAAUAUUUCUGAUCUUUUAAAAGGGUUUGAAUUUGCCGCAUUAGAUCAUCAAAAAAAUGUUAAAAAUAAAAAAAAAGGAUUUAAGGGAUCUACUGUCAAUGUUUCUCUUACUGAACCAGCAUCCAAAGCUUUAGAUUCUGGUGCAAAUGCUCUCAUUGAAGCAGGGUUACAUGUAUCUGUUGCUGCUGGGAAUGGAGCUCAAGAUGCUUCACAUGUAUCACCAGCUAGAACAUCGGGGCCCAUUACUGUUGGUGCUGUUGAUGUGAAUAAUACCAUGGGUUCAUUCUCAAAUUAUGGCUCUUGUGUUGAUAUUUUUGCUCCAGGUGUUGAGAUAGAAUCUACUUUUAAAGAUGGUUUCUCUUUAAUUUUGUCAGGUACUUCAAUGUCAAAUCCACAUGUGACAGGUCUUUUGUCAUACUAUUUAUCACUUCAACCAGAUUUGGAGUCGCAAUAUACUACAAAGUUGUUAGAACCAAAGGCUUUAAAGGAUAGGGUACUCAAGUAUGCCACAAAAGGAGUUCUUAAAGGAUUGAAAUCAGAUUCACCAAAUUUGUUGGCGUUUAAUGGAGCAGGAGGUAAUCUUGAUGAAUUUUGGAAGUAG